AUGGGGUGUGUUCAAGGUAGGGGUUAUGGUUUCUCUCCCGAGAGGUUUGAGAGCAUGAAACUUGAUAAUGGUUAUAUUAAAGGACAACGACGACAACAACAACAACAGAAUAAGAGGGAUAUGAGUCGAAUUAGGGAGCAAGAAGGGAAUGGGAGAAAUAAUGGAGUUGAAGUAGAAAAGAGAAUUAUUAGUAGAGAUCAAAAGGAGAUGAUCAAAGGAAGGGAUGGAAUUGGAAAUGGAAAUAGAAAUGGAGUUGGAGUUAGAAUAGGAAAUGAAUUAUCAAAUAGAGGCACAAGGAAAAUGGAAGGAGAUGAAUUGGUGGAUGGAUGGCCAAAAUGGCUAGUUGAUAACAUUCCUAAAGAGGUUUUGGUUGGUUUAGUUCCAAAGACUGCUGAUUCUUAUGAUAAGCUUGCUAAGGUAAGUUUCUCAACUCCUCCGAGGCUGAUUCAGGAUUCUAACUUACGUGUUCAACCUUUAAGAUUCUCAAUAGUAGGGCAAGGGACAUAUAGCAAUGUGUAUAAAGCAAAAGAUAGGAAGAGUGGGAAAAUAGUAGCCUUAAAGAAGGUUAGAUUUGAUACAUCAGAACCAGAGAGUGUAAAGUUUAUGGCAAGAGAAAUCAUAAUAUUGAAGAAAGUUGAUCAUCCAAAUAUUAUCAAGCUUGAAGGCUUAGCCACUUCAAGAAUGCAAUAUAGUCUUUAUUUGGUUUUUGAUUUCAUGGAAUCUGAUUUAACUAAACUUAUCAAUCGCACUGAAGGAAAACUCACUGUGCCUCAGGUAAAACGUUACAUGGAGCAGUUGCUCUUAGGACUCCAACAUUGCCAUGAGAGAGGGAUACUACAUAGGGAUAUUAAGGGGUCAAAUCUGCUAAUAGACAAAAAUGGGAUGCUCAAAAUUGCUGAUUUUGGGCUUGCAAAUUUUUACCAGACAGAGACAAAGAGGCCCCUGACAAGUAGAGUUGUGACACUUUGGUACAGAGCCCCAGAACUACUUUUGGGUUCAACUGAUUAUGGAGUUGGGAUUGAUCUUUGGAGUGCUGGUUGCCUUUUGGCUGAGAUGUUUGUUGGAAGGCCUAUUAUGCCCGGUAGAAAUGAGAUAGAGCAACUUCACAAAAUAUUUAAGCUGUGUGGGUCACCAGCAGAGGAGUAUUGGAAGAAAGUGAAGCCACCAACAACAUUUAGACCACCACAGAAUUACAAGCCUUGUUUUGGUGAAGUAUUUCCCAAUUUUCCUCAUUCUGCUUUUCCCCUUUUAUACACACUUUUGGCUGUGAAACCUCACUUCCGUGGCACUGCUGCUACUGCUCUUCAAAAUGAAUUCUUUAUAACAAGUCCAUUUGCAUGUGGGAUCUCUGAAUUGCCAAUCAUCAAAGUAGAAGAGGAUGGGCGGGGCCAAUUCAUUGAUAUCACAAGUAACACAUGGCUAUAUCUUUGA